CCAAAAUGGCAACCAGGAGUUGUCUUUUCUCAUUUUCACAGUAUUUGACUCGCCAAAUCACCCGUUCUAGUGUGAUUAGGAGAGUUCCAAGGCGUUAUGUUAAUAAUGUCUCCGAUCGAACACCAAAUAAAGGUCCCUUGGCUGGAUACAGGGUUCUGGACUUGACAAGGAUCCUUGCUGGGCCAUACUGUACAAUGAUAUUAGGAGACCAUGGAGCUGAAGUGAUCAAAAUCGAAAGUCCAAAUUUUGGUGAUGACACAAGGAGAUGGGGGCCACCCUUCAUUAAGGGAGAAAGUACUUAUUUCAUGUCCAUCAACAGAAAUAAAAAGAGUAUAGCUGUAAAUCUGAAGAGUCCCGAAGGUGCUAAAAUUGUCAGGGAGCUGAUCAAAGAAAGUGAUAUUGUCGUCGAAAAUUACGUCCCGGGAACAUUGGAAAAAUUUGGCCUCGAUUACGAAUCGGUGAAAUCUUUAAAUGAAAAGUUAAUCUAUUGUUCAAUCUCAGGUUUUGGACAGACAGGUCCCUAUGCAAAGCGGGCAGGAUUUGAUGUCAUAGUGGCAGCUAUUGGAGGGUUAGUGGAGAUUACGGGGCCCGAAAAUGGUGAGCCGUGUAAGGUCGGUGUAGCUGUCACAGAUCAGGCCACAGGGUUGUACGCGUAUGGAGCAAUCAUGGCCGCUCUUCUCCAUCGAUGUGCAACAGGACAGGGACAGUAUAUUGAGUGCGAUCUCCUGUCAACUCAGGUGUCAUUGCUGGUUAAUGUUGCCAGUGCCUAUCUGAAUGCAGGUGUGGAGGGCAAGAGGUAUGGAACAGCCCAUGGCAGUAUUGUGCCUUAUCAGGCUUUUCCAACGGCAGACGGUUACCUUGUGGUUGGCGCCACCAAUGACGAUCAGUUUAACAAGAUCGCCACUCUCCUCGAUCUUGACCAUCUCUUAGAAGACAAACGUUAUGCCACAAAUCCGGCCAGAGUGAAACACAGAGUUACUCUGGUUGAUACGUUAUCUACAAGGUUCAGAAGCAAGACAACAAACGAAUGGCUGGAGAUCUUCAAAGGCAGCAAAUUAGCGUAUGGGCCCAUCAACGAUAUGAAGGAUGUAUUCAGGAAUGAGCAGGUUCUCCACAGUGGUAUGAUACAAGAGAUGAAUCACAAGAGGGCGGGAAAAAUCAGGGUCGCAGCCUCGCCUGUGAAGUUCAACAAAACGGAGACAGUGUUUCAAUGCCCGCCACCUAUGUUUGCCCAAGAUACUGAUCAAAUCUUACGCGAUAUUCUAAAGUAUAAUGACGAUCAAAUAGAGGCAUUGAAGGAUGAGGGAGCAGUUCGUUGAUUUCGAUAUGUAAAGAAGAUUCUUAUGACCAUGACGGAGUGUUAUGUCGGCCUAGGCCUAUGGGGUUAAAGUAUUGUGCUGCCAUCUAGUUAUUGGUUAUCACACCACCUAUUGUGCAAUUGACUGUUAUCCAUUGGCCCACAUAGGCAUGUGGUAUUUUGAACUCUCUCUCUUGCUAUUUGAUUACUGUUAGCAGCACAUAUGUGCUUCGCUCAAUUCGACAUUUUUGUAAAUUUCCAAUUUCAACUUGAAGAACUCUCCAGCAGGAACAACUGGACUUUAUCCUUUGAAAGUAUAUUUAAUCCUGUCCUUCUUUCUUCAUUAAAUGCAAUCAUUUAUUUAAACAUUCAACUCCGUCAAGACAAUCACUCGUGUUAUAUUUUCACUCAAAAGAUACACUUGUUCGGUUUUCUUAUCAUAUCAACUUAAAAACUGCUAUAAGUGUCUGUUCACCUUUGAACUUAAAUCUGUGGAUAUUAGACAAUGUUUGAAGGAAUGUUUCUUUUUAUUGUAAAUCUUUAUCCGAACACCUUCACGGCCGUGGCCCCAAUCCCCCUCUGUGAGCUGGUUAUUAUGGGACUCAUGGACUUAACGAAGGAACUACACCAUCGCCAGCUUCAGGACGAGGAAGGAACUGAAAAGACCAAACUUUAUCUUAUGAUGAAGCUAUUCUGACCAAGGGCAUUUUUAGGGGGGGGGGGGGGGGUG